GGGCGCGCUCGGGCCGCGGGCGGAGAGCCGCGCGGGCGGGCGGGCGGCUGCAUGGCGCGCUGCGAGCGGCUGCGCGGCGCGGCCCUGCGCGACGUGCUGGGCCGGGCGCAGGGGGUCCUGUUCGACUGCGACGGGGUGCUGUGGAACGGCGACCGCACCGUGCCGGGCGCCCCGGAGCUGGUGGAGCGGCUGGCGCGGGCCGGCAAGGCGGCGCUGUUCGUGAGCAACAACAGCCGGCGCGCGCGGCCCGAGCUGGCGCUGCGCUUCGCGCGUCUGGGUUUCGGGGGGCUGUGCCCCGAGCAGCUCUUCAGCUCCGCGCUGUGCGCCGCGCGCCUGCUGCGCCAGCGCCUGCCGGGGCCGCCCGACGCGCCGGGCGCCGUGUUCGUGCUGGGCGGCGAGGGGCUGCGCGCCGAGCUGCGCGCCGCUGGGCUGCGCCUGGCCGGGGACCCCGGGGACCCCCGCGCCGACCCCGCCGCCGCCGCCCCGCGCGUGCGCGCCGUGCUCGUGGGCUACGAUGAGCACUUCUCCUUCGCCAAGCUGAGCCAGGCGUGCGCGCACCUGCGCGACCCCGACUGCCUGCUCGUGGCCACCGACCGCGACCCGUGGCACCCGCUCAGCGACGGCAGCCGGACCCCGGGUACCGGGAGCCUGGCCGCUGCCGUGGAGACGGCGUCGGGCCGCGAGGCCGUGGUGGUGGGCAAGCCCAGCCCCUACAUGUUCGAGUGCAUCACGGAGCACUUCAGCGUGGACCCCGCCCGCACUCUCAUGGUGGGCGACCGCCUGGAGACCGACAUCCUCUUCGGCCACCGCUGCGGCCUGACCACCGUGCUCACACUCACCGGCGUCUCUCGCCUGGACGAGGCGCAGGCCUACCUGGCGGCCGGCCGGCACGACCUGGUGCCCCACUACUACGUGGAGAGCAUCGCGGACUUGAUCGAGGGGCUGGAGGACUGAGCCCCCCGCGGCAGCUCCCCGCCCCGCCUCGCCCCAGGGAGGAAGGCUCGGGGCCCAGAGACCCCGGAGGCUCCCCCAGACUCUGGCCCCAGGGUAGGCCUUAGGGCCUCCCCUGAGCUGUGGCCGGAGGUGACCCCUGUCCCCAACAGCUGACCUUGGCCUGACCCAGCCAGGCGGCCUUGGUUCCAGCCCCAGCCCCGUCUCCUCCUCUCCCAUGAGGUCCCGCCGCUGGGCCCCUGUCCCAGCACCCCCUGACCUGACCCUAAGCUUCGCCAGCGCCCCAGGUCCUGGCCUUGGGUUCCUGCGGCCCCGUCCGAGGUCCUGGUCUCCGGGAAUCAAUCAUGACUGUCCGAGGCCGGACAGACCAACUCAGAACACUGAGCCGUCUCGGCCUUAUCUUGUCCUAGAACAGCCGCUAAUUGUGAUCCAUUGAUGGUCCUGGGUGAUACUGGGUGGAACAGUUCCAAAGGACAGUGGCCUCUGACAGUCCAGGCUCGAGGGGACCAGCCAGGGAUGGAGAUGUCUGUCCCGAAAUCCAGGCCCAGGGCGGACGGCGCCCCCACACUCACGCACUGGGGGGCCGCGGGGGCUCCGGGGCGCCCGGCUGUGAGCUGCUCGUCCCCACUCGAGGCUCUGCCCCAGGGUCGCCCGUGCCACAGCUCCAGGGGCCGCUCCUGAGCCCCUCUCCACUGUCAGUGUUUUCUGUGCCACCUGUCCCCGUGCCCACCCCCGCUAUUUAUUAUCAUGUGCCAGUGUCGGGGGCGCGGGGCCGGCCUUCCCCGCCGCCUCCGCCCCCGCUGUGCCCACAGACUUAAUAAAGUGCUCAGUGUCA